AAUGGGUAAUUAAACAAAUUUGGAAAAAAGUUACAAAAAGAACAUAAGCACCUAUUUAUUUUUAUUAAAAGCGGAAAAUUACACUGAAUAACAAAACUAAAAGAUUUUAAUCGUUGGAAAAGUGCAAUAGUGAAAUUUUGUGUGCAAUACAUUAACAGUUUAGUUUCAUAGAUGAGAAGGACAGGAACGGUCUAAGUGCUCUUUUCUAUCAGCAAAAAUAGAAUGCGUUUCAAAAUGCCGGAUAUGAAGACAAUUUUAAGCAUAUUACUACUCAUAUUAGCCUUAACUGGUAAUACGUGGGCGGACAGAGCAACAGCAGAAAAAAUUCGAAAACAUCAAGAAUGGCUAAUGCAACGUAAUCGUGAACGCAAUAAUGGGUUUUCCGAUUCGCUAGGCAAUAAAAAAUCUGUAGAACUUUUAAAUUUAUGGCGAUUUGAUAAGAAACAAAAUAAUCCCAGUAUUAAUGAUGUCUAUGCAGAAGAUGAUCGAUUUGUGAAAACUAAUUUCCUUACAACAUCUUCUCCUCCAACGUCUUCCACAAACGCAACGUCCACCACUACCACACCAAGGCCCAGCACCACAACAACAACGACCACAUCCAAACCCACAACUACCACUCGCAGAAUCUCAAUGACAACGCGACCUCCUACCUUUACAACAGUGACCACAUCAUCUCCGCGUUAUUCGUUUUCUCUGACACCAAGAACACCAACAGAAUGGUAUAGUAAUGAUGUUUUAGAAUUGACAUCAACUACCUCUACCACCUCAACCACCACUACCACAACAGUUAGGCCAACAACAACAACUCCAAGUACAACCACAACUACUACCACACGUAAACCAAGGACAAGACCCUAUCCACGCUGGAAUGAUUGGAGCGAAUGGAGUGUGUGCUCUCGUAGUUGUGGCGGUGGUGUGAGAUAUCAACAGAGGAAAUGCAUAAAUAGAAAUUCUGGAACUGGCAAACUGUAUUUAAGCAAAAACUGUAUUGGUGUCUAUAAACGUUUUGAACUGUGCAAUGACACGCCUUGUCCACCUUCAGUUAAACAAUUCAGGGCUGAACAGUGUUCGGAAUACGAUGAGGUUGAUUUCCAGGGUCAACAAUACAUGUGGGAGCCCUAUGUUAAAGAUGAUGCUGAAUGCGAAUUGAAUUGCAAACCUGUGGGCAUGGAAUACUUUGCCACCCUUAAUGCUACUGUCAUCGAUGGAACACCUUGCGAGAAACCUGCUGAAUAUUAUCGUUCUAACUAUCGUGGUCGUGCCAUGUGUAUUGAGGGUAUAUGUAAGGCCGUCCAAGCUGGAGGAUUUGUAACCGGUCUAUCAGCCAAUAGUGGAGCUGUACCCUGUGGUGGUCUAUUAUGUCGUCCCCUGACAGGACUCUAUACGCGCGAUCCCUUACCUGAAGAUGCUUACAUCCAUGUGGCCAUGAUACCAGCUGGAGCUUCGAAUAUUUCUAUCACUGAAUUGAAAAAUAGCAUGAAUUUGUUGGUGCUACGUACUGAAGAUCAGAAAUAUGUUUUCAAUGGCGAUAAUACCAUGUCAGAUAGUGGAGCCUAUGAGGCAGCUGGUGCCAUAUUCGAUUAUCAUCGCCUGGAUAGUUUACAGCAGCAAAGUGAAGGUGUUACCGAAUGGGUUACUUGUACCGGGCCAGUAAGGGAGAGUUUGGAAUUGAUGAUUUACAGCAAAACAGUUAAUCCUGGCAUCAAAUAUGAAUACCUUUUGCCCAUUACCUCGGAUUCUGAAGAGAAUGAGGUGUCCGUGGAAACCGAUGGUUUUUUGAAGUCGGCCAAUGACGAGGCCAUUAGCAGCAGCAAUCGCCCUCUACGCCGUCGUCGCUAUAACUGGAAAGUUGUAGGCUUUAGCACUUGCUCCAAAUCCUGUGGCGGUGGCAUGCAAUCACCAGUCAUCAAAUGCGUACGCGAGAAUCCUUUGCGCUACUAUUCCCAACGCAGAUGUGCCCAUUCCGAGAAACCAGUGAUUAAUGAGAAUCUCUUGAGAUGUAACACCCAACCUUGUCCGGCUUUCUGGCGUUUAGAAGAUUGGGGUGAAUGCCGUUGUCACCAGGGCGAAGGCACCAGGGAACGUGAAGUCAAUUGUGUACAAGAAUUGGCCUCGGGCGUGGUGGUGCAUGUUGAUGCCACUGCCUGCAUGGAAGAAAAGCCGGUGGCUAAGAAGAUUUGUGAUUGUCCCAAGAAUAGGCGUCGCACAAAUGCCCGUUACCGCAUGCAUGGUCUUAGUCCCAACACAUCACAAACACAUGCGAAAAAUAGUCGCGAUAAGGCAGGCAUCUGGCUAAUGUCUGACUGGAAUCAAUAUUGCUCUUCGGAUUGUGGUCCCGGCAUUGAGUAUCGCACUAUUUAUUGUGACCGCACUAAAGCCAACCCGGAUAGAUGUGAUUUCCGCUUGGCUCCCGAUACCACCCGCAUAUGUGAUCAGGAGGAGUCAUGUGAUACUGGAGAAUGGUUUGCUGGACCUUGGACUCCCUGCAAUGGCAAUUGUUUUAAUUUGACUCGAACUAGGCAAGUUUUAUGCAUUGAGAAUCAACUAAUCUUGGAUGAAGAAGAUUGUAAACCAGAAUUGAAACCCACAACCAUGGAGAAAUGCUCGCAUGAGGAAGUUGAGUACUGUGGACCCAGAUGGCAUUACUCCGAGUGGUCAGAGUGCACAAAAACUUGUGAUGGUGGCACUCAAAGACGUUCUGUCAAGUGUUUGGAAUAUAAUGAGCUGGAGAAUAUACUCAAGGAAUCGAACAAAUGCCGUUAUUCCAUCAGAGAACCCAUAUAUCGAAGUUGUAAUACACACAAGUGUGAUGAUCUCCGCUAUGAACAAGUACAAAAUGAUGAUGCCAUCAUAAUGCCCUGCACCGAUGCCUUUACCAAUUGUGCGUGGGCUGUCAAAGCAAAACUAUGCAGUUAUGAGUAUUACAAACAAAAAUGCUGUUAUUCUUGUAAUUGAGAAGUGCUACAGGAGAAAAACAAACAAGCAUAAGAUAGCGAAAAUUGUAAGAGAGAAAGAAAGAGAGAGAGUUCCACAGCAAUGCUUGUUUUAGAGAUAAUGUCCUAGCACGAGAGUUCACAAGGAAGUCCCCGAGCAAGAAAGAAAGAAAGAGAGAAAGAAGAAAUUUGUGUAAUUUAAUUAUUAUUUUUUAAGUUUAAUUUUAUGACGUUUUUAUUAAAUAAUUUAAUUGCGACCAAUCGAA